AUGGUUGAAAGGAGAGAAGCCUUGAUGUUAGCACAUAGGUAUAAAGGAAGAAUCACAAAGCAGGCUUCAUGUUUAUUUCUCAUAUUAGAAGAAAUAAAGGAAGAAUCAUCAUUAAGAGAGUAUUUAGUACAUGGUGAUGAUAUGAGUAAUGAUUGUAAUUUGAGAAAUCAAGCAGGAGCCUUAGGAAUUGCCAGACGAGCUGCUGAAAAUUUGAGGUCAG